AUGAACGGAGACAAAGAAACCAACGCAGGGUCUUUCAAGGAUAAAGAGCUGAAACUGGCGACCCUUGGCCAUCGACUCCACAUUGAUGGUACUCUCACGGCCAUAACUCAUCCCAUCCGUGCAAAAAUGGCUAGUUAUGAGGCUUUGCUCCUCACCAGCAAAGAGAUGAAUAGACUAGCCAAGAUUUCGUGGGGAGAGAACCAAUUCCUUCUCGGUUGGCCGAGCGCUGGCCUACAAUACCCGCGACCACCCACGUCUCUCGCAGAACAGGUUCGGAACUUAACCAUCGAGAUCUUCGUGGAUGGCCGACUAGGUUGGAACAGGACGAAUGAAAACCCCAGAUUCCCGUACUCAUGGAAUGUCCUCCUCGACACCGAAAAGAGCUCCAGACUGCGUCGAACAACAUGGAAGGAGCUUAGAGGGAACGGGGAUCCGGCCGUCGCCUGGCAGUCAGAGUUUGUCGUCCUGAAAGAGCUCACAGUCGCCUGGCAGUCAGAGUUUCCCGCCCUGAAGGAGCUCACAGUCGAGAUUAUACUCGCUGGGGAUCUAGAUGGCUACCACAACGACAGAAACAAGAUCGGUAGGAUUCACGGCUGCAGGGACAAGGAAAAAAUCGAAGAGCACUUCGAAGGCUGUCGUACAUAUCUCAGCACCCGCAAGCUUACAGUCAAGGUCCGUGGUUUCAAAUGCGGAGACUAUUCAACCGAUGGAGACGCUGGUCCCAACACCAAAGCCUGUCCCAAUGGGUGCGCUGAGAGGGUCGCGACAUGCUUUGCGGAUCUCGUCGAAAUCAAGGAUUAA